AUGGCUGCGCUACUCUUUCAUCUCGUCGGUCUGGUUUACAUUUCGUUAUUUUCGUUGGCCGCCGGGGCAGCAUAUAGAGACGAAUGCAUUGGAGGCUGCGGCGAGGACUUGAUUCUUUAUAUGACAGUGCAGAGUCAGGGAGUCCUGACUCUCUCCUUCAAUCCUUCCCAGUCGGUGGACGACAGCAUUCGGAUCCUAGCAACGAACACAGAUGCAGGUUACAGCCCAGGCUGGAUUACCCAGUAUAAGGAAAAUUUCUACUCAGUGUCGCGAACCCAGUAUCCGACUCUGAGCUCCAUCGAUGGAGGAGUGUUUGCAUUCCAUAAAAGGGAGGGAAACGCCCGCCACUCAAAUCUCGACCUUCUUAACUCAGUCAGUAGCGGUGGGCGGGGAGCUGUUUAUGUUGACGUCAGUCGAGACGGCCGGACGAUCAGCAUUGCAAAUAUUGAUGGAUCCACCGUAUCUAUCCACCCUCGUGGAGAAGACGGUACAAUCAAAGAUGCUUCUCACGUCUUUCAUUAUACACUGGACUACCCGGGACCAGGGACAAAUGGGAGCCAGAUCCAAAGCAACCCCCAUGAGGCUAUCUUUGAUCCCUCAGGGGAGUUUCUUUUUGUUGCCGACCGCGGCGCAGAUCGCCUCUAUAUCUACCAGGUUGCUGGCCCCUUCAACGUGACUAUAAUCCAGACGUUACAUUUGGAGCCGGGAACAGGUCCACGGCAUAUGAACUUCAGAACAUUCAAUGAGACACGGACUUACAUGUACCUUGUCAGCGAAUUGGACAAUUCCGUCCGAGUCUUUACUCUCGAUGGUGUGAGGAACGAUGAGGGGUUGGAAUUUGGCGCUGGAAGCCCAAGGAAUCUAACAAUUCAUCUUGCUCAACGAAUAUCGACGCUGGGAGCCAAUCUAGGUCGUACCCCGCCCAAUAAUAGGAACCUGGCUUCCGAGAUCGCUUUGUCAAAUGAUGGACGAUUCGCGUACGCGGUCAAUCGAAACACAGUCAACCUCGACAGCGACACGGUGGCCAUAUAUUCAGUCCAUCCAUUAUUAGAGGAUGACCGUAAUCAUCUCACGUACCUCGGCUACAAUAUAACGUACGGGAAGACACCUCGACAUUUUUCACUCUCGAAUGACCCCCAAUCGCGCUUCGGCGCCUUCGGAAACGAAGUGACCAACAAUCUAGUGAUUCUCGAGCGCGAUGUUCAGACUGGGUUUUUCACAAGCAUCAAAGGGAACCUCUCAGUGGGCAAGUUAGACCUGACCACAAACUCGGGUCCUACUGCAGUGAUCUGGUCUUCCUCUGAUUAUAUGGAUCAUAUGUUCUGA